CCGGUGUACACUAUUUUUAAAUUUAUAGAACGUUUGAAGAUGUGAGCGAUUGUUUUCACAAUUUCGAAGACUGAUUACUGCUGAUUACUAGUAAUUAUAAUUAAAAAGGGUGAUAUAUUACAAAUCUGUCGAAUCUUGCAAAAAAUGAUUAUGAUAUAUUUGUGCACCGUUUAACUUUAUAUUCCUAUCAUAGUAAACAAAAAAAGGAAAUGGAGAAAGUUGUGGAUACGUUGAACAAGAAAUUGCGUGCUGCAAAUAAACAUCAAGAACUUGUUAACGAAUAUAAAACAUUACACACCGAUGAGAAACGUAUAAUAUUUACUCUUAAUGUUAUGUCAAAAUUUGAUAUAAUACCAACUAUAUGUGGCGAUACAAAAGAUGCAAAGGAAUCAGAGAAAUUGAGAGAUCAAGGUAAUAAGGUAUUUGUUUCUACGCCAUUGACAAGUACCUCUUGUGUAGAAGCAUUGAAAUUGUAUACAAAAAGUAUAGCUUACGCGCCAUAUCCAUCUGAGCAGUUAGCUUUGGCAUACGCCAAUAGAUCUGCAGUUUUAAUAAAGGUACAUAAGUAUGAAGAGUGUAUACGGGAUAUAGAUAGAGCAUUGUCAUUAGCGUAUCCGAAUCAUUUAAAAGCUAAGCUUCAUAUGAGAAAAAUUGAGUGUUUGAUGGUUUUAAAGCAUCCCAAUACAGAAGAUGCUGUCAAAGAAGCAGAACAAUGGCUAGAGAAAACGUCAUUGACAGAUGUUAAUUCUAAGAAAUUAAACGACAAACUUGAUUCUCUAAAAAGGAUGCCAAGAUCAUAUAAUUCAAAAUCAGAAUAUAAUGCAAAUCAUAAAACUGAAACUCCUCUUCCCGAAAUGAAAACUCGCAAUGCAGAAAUUCCUUGCGCUUCGGAUGCGAUAACUCUAAAGUACAAUGAACAAUAUGGUAGACACGUUGUGGCAGCUCGCAAAAUAAACCCUGGUGAGGUGAUCGCCAUAGAAAAGCCUUAUUCGUUACUUUUAAAGCCUGACAUUGUACAAACGCAUUGCUCGAACUGUUUAGAAGUAUCUUGGGCUAAUAUACCUUGCGAUUAUUGUACAUGCUCUAUGUAUUGUUCAGAAGAAUGUAAGAUUUCGGACUGGGAGAAAUAUCAUGAUAUCGAGUGCUCCGUAUUUCCUUCUUUGUUAAAGAUGGAUUUCAGUAAAUUAGAUUUAUUUACCUUACGACUCGCGAUACAGGCUGUAAGAGAAAGUUCAAGUGUGCAGGACUUAAGAAAAGAAUUGAACGAGGUCGACAGUUGCGAUGAUCCACGUACAAAAGGUUUCUCUAAGAGUGGAAUAUUUGAAAGCGAUAAAUAUAGAAGUUUAUUAGGUCUUGUGACUAAUACAGAGAAACGUUCUGUAAAUGACCUGUUCAGAAGAUCUCUGGAUGCUAGUUAUAUUUUGUACUUCUUGGCAACCUGUAGUAACAUGUUUGGUAGUCAAUUGAAGAACGACCUAUCCGUAUUAGUAGAAAACUCUGACGUUACAUUCGUUGGUGCUGUUAUAUUAAGGCAUCAACAGAUGAUUCCUAGUAACGCUCACAGUUAUUCGGAAGAGGAUGGAUUGGAACAGGUUGAGCGUGGUAGUGCAGCUAUGCCAUUUUUCAGUUUGGUUAAUCAUAGCUGCAAUCCAAAUAUAUUGAGACACUCGAGGUCUAAGCAUAUGAUUAUGUUUGUCAUGUAUCCUAUUCAGAAAGAUGAACAGAUAUUUGAUAGUUAUACAGAGCACUAUGCAGUUACACCAAAAGCUACCAGGCAAAAGAAGCUUCUGAAGCAGUAUUAUUUCAAGUGUGAUUGCAUAGCGUGUCGAGAAGACUGGCCUCUAUACUACGAUGUGAAAUCGUUUACUAGUUUGAUUAAAAAAAAGGAAGACGAACAUAAAAUCACUCACGCGCUGAGGAUGUUGAACAGAUACAUCGAUAUUGCUACCGAAGGAAAUAUUUCAGAUAAACCUUACAUAAUAGAUGACCUAAUAAAAAUGAUCGAAGUUCUAUACUAUCUGGUGCCAAUGCCGUGCCUAGAAAUGAAUAGCGUGGUGGAAACUCUAAAACGCGUUUACGAUUUGAGGGGAAACGUAUUUGAAAUGCCUAAACUCUGA